AUGUCGUCAUCCCCGCAUUCACGAACCAUCAAGCGAUUGCUGGUCGCAAACAGAGGUGAAAUUGCUGUUCGCAUAUUGCACGCCGCACGGGAACUGCCCGAGCCAGUCGAGAUCUUCGCUCUGUACACGUCUGAUGAUCAGUCGCACUGCGACAUCGGACGCCCACACCAUGCAAUUCAGAUCCCAACCGCAUCAUCAUAUCUGGAUAUCUCACUGCUCGUUAAUCUAGUACAGAAACACUCAAUUGACGCAGUUCACCCGGGGUAUGGCUUCCUCAGCGAAAGCGCCGAGUUUGCGCACCGCAUGUUCGCAGAGGCGGGGGCUAUCGUGAUCGGCCCCGGGCCUGAGAAUCUUGCACGUACCGGCGAUAAGCUUCAAGCAAAGCUUUUGGCCCAAAAGUGUCAAGUCCCUGUGCUUGAAGCUAUGGACCAGCCAACAGCCAAUGUUGAUGAGGCGCGGGCUUUUGCCCAUCGGGUCGGGUUUCCUGUCAUGAUCAAGGCCGUGGACGGUGGUGGUGGGCGGGGAAUUCGUCUGGUUCAUGAGGACUCGGAGUUGGAUAGUAGUAUCCAGCGUGCAAUUGGUGAAUCGCCUUCUCGGUCGGUAUUUGUGGAGAAAGCCGCUGUGGAUGGAUUCCACCAUGUUGAGAUCCAAGUUAUCGGCGAUGGCACGGGACAGGUGCGACAUCUCUGGGAAAGAGAUUGCAGUGUGCAGCGACGCUUUCAAAAAGUCGUGGAAUGCGCACCUGCCUUGAUGAAAGAUAGGGAAUUGGUUGCCGAAAUCAUUGACUCGGCUUUGAAGAUGGCUACUGAGAUUCGGUAUCGCUCGCUGGGAACAUUUGAGUUCCUUGUUAAUGAGCAGAAGGGAGAAUUCUACUUUUUGGAGGUCAAUCCACGACUUCAAGUAGAGCAUACUAUCACAGAGUCUAUCAGCGGCUUAGAUCUGGUGCAGAUGCAGCUUCUGCUAGCACAGGGAGCAACGUUCGAGGAUCUUGGCCUAGGCGCGGGGGUCAAUUCGAAGACGCCUCCGCCAAACAGCUUUUCAAUCCAGGUUCGAUUAUGUGCUGAGGAUCCAAGCAAUAAUUUUGCUCUGAGUAUUGGGAAGGUGACCGAGUUUGUCGUUCCUAGUGGGAAUGGGAUCCGCGUUGACACCAAUGUUAACACUUCCAAUGGGAGUGCGUCAGUAGUGGGAUCAAACUUCGAUAACCUUCUGGCCAAAAUCAUUCUUACGGCAUCUAACUGGGAUGCUGUGGUCCGAAAAGCUCAGCGAGUUUUGUCAGAUUCGAGAAUCUCUGGCGUGAAGACUAACAUUGAUCUUCUCCGUGGCAUCGUCUCCCAUCCGGACUUCGUCGCCGGCCAGGUUGACACGCAGUGGUUAGGACUCAAGCUCGACGAAGUCCAUCAGUUGGGUAAACGCACCGCAAAUACCCUGCACAGUGGUGAAACACUCAGGUCUGUCUCUCAACAAUCAGUGUCUCAGGCUGGACUGCCUACUACAAAUCUCUUGUUCCGGAAGGGAGACGCGUGGUCCAUCACAUUGGAGCCACUGGAAAAUGGUACCUCUCAAGAAUCCGCUAGAGUAGCCCACCACCUCCGUCUCUCCCGUGUGCUUCGAAAUGACUUUCCCACUUCCUUGGCGGCUGAGAUUGAGUACACAACCCCUACAUCUCAGAUUGCGAUUCCGUAUCGAAUGCAACUAGAGACCACCUCGACUGCGGCAUCGGCUCUUGUAUCGUCCACGCACCGACGAGGAGACCCUCAGAAUCCCAGACAUAUUGUGCUACCUCUUUCUGGAAAGCUCAUUGAAAUUCUUGUUUCCGAUGGGGAGAAUGUGGUCGAGAAUCAAGUGCUGGCCUUUGUCAAACAAAUGAAGAUGGAACUGGAGGUGCGAAGUCCCAGGGAGGGAAGGGUGGAAUGGGUUCAUGAAAUGGAGGAUAAGGAAGAAGAUGUGGCCGAGGGAAUGCUCCUUGUGGAAUUAGAUGAACCACAGGAGAAGCACAUGCGAGGGAAGCUAUGA